AGCUCGGUCGGCCUCGCCUCCCCGCUUUCGCGCCAGCCUGUGCCGAGCCCUCGCCGCGUCGGCGGCCUCAUGCGGCGCGCGCCAUGGCCGCCAGCAGCAGCGGCAGCGGCGCAGCCGCCGCGACGCCGGCCGAGAGGGAGACGUGGUGUCAGUGGACCGCAGUGGUGGUCCUCAUGGUCGCCGUGUGGUGGAGCACAGCCGUGGCUGUCACCGUCACCAUCAAACAGACCGUGGGCUCCCGCGGCAAUCAAAUGGGCUCAACCGUGCACCAUAUCCCAGCGCCUAGCCCGCCCCUUCCCCAGGCCAGGGCAGGGACUGAGCACACGCUUUCAGGGCACGGCCUGGAGGGGUCUUGUAAGAAGUCGAUUCUUCUCGAACAGGGUGGCUGUUAGCUCCCACUGUGAGAUCGGGGGGCCGUCCCCUGCAUCGUCCCUGACGAUUCGCGGAUCGACUUACCGA